ACAAAAAUUCUCUUACGCUACGAGUUUGACACAAAACCGGUAGAGAAAAAAAAUGUCCACACAAACAGCACUAGUUGCACUCUCCGCCCAGGCACAGGCUAAGUAAAGGGGAUGAACAUUGUGGCAAAAGGGGUUUUUUCUGCCUAGUGAUUUUGGGACUGAAACUGCAUGAGUUGGACAAAACCGAGGAAGUUUGGUAGCUUGAAGUUUUACAAGCUAUGGCUAUUGCUACGGCCACCCUCUCUCUUCAUUUUUGCAAAUUCCCUCCUUCAUCUUCUUCAAUACGCCAUCGCAUCCCUUCUGGCCCAGGGUUCAACCUCUAUUACCCUCCUGCCUCUCACAGAUUUGCGUGUGUUGGUCCCAAGUGUUCAUUAACGGACACUGAUGUGCAUUUGGAUCAUGUCUCGACGGAUGAGGAUGAGGCUCAGGGAAGAGGCUCUUCUGUGGAUUGUCCGGUGCCGUUUGUUAAACUCAAAACUGAUAUUCUCGAGACUGAGUCCUUGAACUUGCUCGCAGAAGCCACAUUUGUAGAUACUCUCUUGACAGCAUUGCCUGUUUUGUCCGAAGAAGAGCAACAUGCCCUUUCAGCUACUCCAGCUCACCCGGCUGGGUUACAUGCUUUUUAUGCUAGUUGCAUAGCUGCAAAUGUAGUGGAGCAGCUUUGGAAUUUUGCCUGGCCUUCUGCCAUUGCCUUGAUUCAUCCAAGCCUUUUGCCAGUUGCUGUGAUGGGUUUCUUCACCAAAGUGGCUAUAAUUGUUGGUGGUCCCUUGGUUGGCAAAGUUAUGGACCAUUUUCCAAGAAUGUCUGCAUAUAAUUGCUUAACCAUCGUUCAGGCAGCAGCUCAGUUGCUAUCUGCAACAAUGAUUAUUCAUGCCCAUUCUGUGCGACCUACUUCAUUGUCUAAUCUGCUUCUGCGUCCAUGGUUUGUCUUACUGGUUUCAGCUGGGGCAAUUGAGAGGCUAUGUGGUGUAGCUUUGGGGGUUGCAAAUGAGCGUGACUGGGUUGUAUUGCUGGCAGGAAUGAAUAGGCCAAUUGCACUUGCACAGGCAAAUGCUGUUCUAAAUCGAAUUGAUCUCUUGUGUGAGAUAGCUGGGGCGUUGCUGUUUGGAUUCCUUCUUUCUAAAUUUCAUCCUGUAAUCUGCUUAAAAUUUGCUUCUGGCUUAAUGAUGGGGCUUCUGCCUGUUACAAUUGUUUUUACUUAUUUAGCUAACAAGCUUUCUACCGGUGUUCUUGACCGGCCGAAACCUUCACAAACUUGUUGCAGAGCAUUUAGUGAAGAUUCUGCAACAGAUGCUAACAAUAUAGUGUUUAAAGGUCUGGAAGCCAUCAAGCUUGGCUGGAAGGAGUAUUUGGGUCAGCCUGUUCUUCCUGCUAGUCUAGCAUGGGUGCUCCUCUACUUUAAUGUUGUUCUCACACCGGGCAGUUUGUUGACAGCAUUUCUAACACAGCGUGGCUUACAUCCUUCAAUCAUUGGAGGAUUCAGUGGAAUGUGUGCUUUUAUGGGUGUUGCAGCAACAUUUGUGUCUUCUACUCUGGUCAAGCAAUUUGGCAUUUUAAAGGCUGGGGCAGUUGGGUUGGUAUUUCAAGCUUUACUUCUCUGCGUGGCUGUUGCUGUUUAUCUGAGCGGAUCAAUUUCUCAUCAGAGCCCUCUUCUUACUUUCUUAUUUCUGAUUAUUUUGUCACGGUUAGGACACAUGUCAUACGAUGUCGUAGGGGCACAGAUUCUCCAGACUGGAAUCCCAUCCUCCAAAGCAAAUCUCAUUGGGACGACGGAGAUUGCUGUUGCUAGUUUGGCGGAGUCUAUAAUGCUGGGUGUUGCAAUAAUUGCAAAUGAUCCUUCUCAUUUUGGAUGCUUGGCACUGUUGUCUCUUCUAUCAGUACUUGGUGCAGCAUGGAUGUUCUGUAGAUGGAUGUUGAAUCCAACAGAUGAACAAAAAAGCCUUUUUUCUUAUGAUCCUCAGUUUUGAUAUUUAUUUGUUCCAUAUCCAAUGUGGACAAGAAAAGAACCAAAAUAUAGCAUGGUGGGUGAUUAUCCACUUAUACAGGAGCUUGAGGCAUUUUCUUCUCGCCUGGCCAAUGAUGUUCAUUGCAUUGUAUGGACAAAUAGGUGGCUUUGCCUGAAAUUCUGUAAAUUUGUAACAUUACCUUCAUAUUAUAUUAGUAGUGUACAUGCCAAUUGAAAUAGUUAGGUCCUAUACGUACAAACGUUUUGUAAAGCAUUUAUUCAUACAUUCUUUUCCGGGAUUUAAAAUCAAGGGUAGACUUGUUCCCCUAAUUGAUAGGGUUCAAUGGUCCUUAGUGAAA